AUUUGUUUUGCGGAUAUAAGAAGCUUGAUCUUUGCGUUGACUUGCGAUCUUACAUAACUUCAACACCAAACGUCCUCCCAAGUCUCUCUCUAGACUGGAUUCCAUCUCCUACUCCUGCUCCUACGUUAACACAUAAAUUAUAUUUAUAGUAACACAGAUCUGGAAUCUAAAACCCUAGCUUUUCUCAAUUCCCAUUUAACAUCGGGUUAAUGUCGUCUAAAACAUUGCCCUACUCUAUCAAAGACAUACAAUACGAUAACGCCAAGUUUCGCCGACGAUCCUUGUUCCAGGUCAUUUCACAGACAUUUUUGACCAAUAAAAUGAAGCGUGAAUGUAUGUCAUGUAGCACAGGAAAGUUUCUAGCUGUAUUAAUGAUCUUUGGUUUGACAUAUCUUGUGAUCACUCAUGCAAGUCCUAUCCAUUCUGUAACUAGUGGUGUAGCUAGAGCUAUUGGGUCUAAACAAGGUGAUAAUUCCAUCAUGGAUGGUGGUGGCAUUGGAGUCAAAAGAUUUUGGAGAAAACCACCCAGGCUUCCACCUCAUUUGUCUCCAGAUGAAAUGAAUAUCAGCAAUAAAUCCACACACAACCCUGCAAAAUCAAAUCUUGAUUCUGAAUGGGUGGCUAAGCAAGAAAGUGUUAAAAAGGCAUUUAUUCAUGCAUGGUCUGGAUACAAAAAGUAUGCAAUGGGUUAUGAUGAACUUAUGCCAUUAAGUCAAAAGGGUAUUGAUGGGUUAGGAGGAUUAGGUGCUACUGUUGUGGAUGCUCUAGAUACAGCCAUGAUCAUGAGACUUGAUGAUGUUGCUUCUGAAGCAGGUUCUUGGAUUGAAAAGAAUCUUCCAGAAAGAAUAUGUAAUAAAGGUCAAGUGAAUCUGUUUGAAACAACCAUACGUGUUGUUGGUGGACUUUUGAGUGCUUAUCAUUUAAGUGAAAUGAAUCCAAACUCAACAAAGAAUGGACCUAAACCUUCUGUAUACCUAGAAAAUGCUAAGAAUUUGGCAGAUGUUCUUUUAACUGCCUUCACUUCAAGUCCAACUGCUAUUCCCUUCAGUGAUGUUGUUUUGCAAGAUCACAAAGCUCAUCCUGCUCCUGAUGGGUUAAGCAGCACUUCAGAAGCUUCCACUUUACAGCUUGAGUUUAAUUAUUUAAGUUUUCUUACUGGUGAUCCAAAGUAUAGUGUUGAAUCAAUGAAAGUGUUGGAACAUAUGAAAACUCUCCCGAAAGUUGAAGGACUUGUUCCAAUCUACAUUAGCCCUUCUUCUGGUGAAUUUUCUGGAAAUAAUAUUAGACUAGGUUCACGAGGAGACAGUUAUUAUGAAUACCUUAUCAAAGUUUGGCUUCAACAGAGACAAAAUAACUGGAGUUAUUUGCAUGAAAUGUAUGAAGAAGCAAUGAAAGGUGUCAAACAUCUUCUUGUUAAAAAAUCAAAGCCAAAUGGGCUGGUUUUUGUGGGGGAGUUGCCUGGUGGUGUUGAAGGUGGCUUUAGUCCCAAAAUGGAUCAUCUUGUCUGCUUCUUGCCUGGGACUCUUGCACUUGGAGCCACUAAAGGCAUUACAAAAGCAAAGGCAAUGGAAGAAAAUCUGCUCACUUUUGAAGACCUAGAAAAUUUAAAACUUGCAGAAGAUCUUGCUAAAACUUGCUAUGAGAUGUAUUCUGUCACUUCUACUGGUUUGGCUCCAGAGAUUGCUUAUUUCAAUUCAGAGGGUUACUCUGAGGAAAAUCUUGAUGGAGGAAACAAGAGUUCAGAGUAUAUUCAUGACAUUGUCAUCAAACAUGCUGAUCGCCAUAACCUUUUGCGCCCUGAAACCGUUGAAUCAUUGUUUGUUCUAUAUCGCAUCACAGAAGAUUCAAAAUAUCGUGAAUGGGGUUGGUCAAUUUUUGAGGCGUUUGAGAAGUACACAAAGGUUGAAUCUGGUGGCUAUACCUCUCUUGAUGAUGUCACCAUGCUUCCUCCUAGAAGAAGAGACAAAAUGGAGACUUUUUUCUUGGGUGAAACCCUAAAAUAUUUAUAUUUAUUAUUUGGAGAAAGUAACGUUAUCCCAUUGACCCAAUUUGUCUUCAACACAGAAGCUCACCCUAUUCCCAUCAUAACAACAACAACCAAAAAGGAAUAAUCCAUUCCUCUUUCAACAACCCAUAUUAUAUCAUUUGAGUUGAACUACAAACACCAACAGGGGUAAAAUGGGUACACAUCAACAAUUACUCAAAAGGGAAGCAAAUAGGAUAUGAUCAUGUUGAUAAUUGUUAUUCAGUGAACGCAUAAAAAAAAAAAAAAGAUAGAAUAUCUCUUGUUGUAACUGGUUUGCUUUUGAAGGCAAUGAUGAUGAGUUAAGAUUAUCCAA